AUGACCGUCGUCUUCCCCGGCACAGAAAUCCGGCUACCGGAGACGUCCUCCGCCAUCACAUUUGGACCGGGCAUCACCGCCUCGACCUCGCGCGCCGCCGACGUCGCGGGGCCGUCCGAGCCUGUGUACACGGCCACUCGCGCCGGCGUCCUCUCCUCCACUAAGGGCAAGGACAAGAGCGAGAGCGUCUGGAUUUCUGGCAAGUCGAAACGAUACAUCCCCGCUCAGCGUGAUCUUGUUCUCGGUACCAUCAUUGCCCGCCAUGCUGAGGGAUACCGAGUAGACCUCGGCAGCGCGCACAUGGCGAGCCUAGACGCCCUUGCCUUCGAGGGCGCGACCAAGAGGAGCAAGCCCAACCUGAAGCCUGAGAUUGAGUGUGUCGACCCCGCCACCGGCAAGGCCGAGGGAUUCGGAGAGCUCAAGGGUGGACUGAUGGUGGAAUGCUCGCUGCAGCUCUGCAGGCACCCAAAACACCCCUUGCUGCCUGCGCUCGCCGCACACAUUCCGUUCGAGACCGCUAUUGGGCUCAACGGAAGGGUUUGGUUCAAGACGGAGCAGGUCGGGCAGACGAUCGCCCUUCGCCGAGUGAUCGAGGCAGUUGAUGCAGGAGAGAUCGAGAUGGACAAGUCGAGCAUUGACAAGGCGGUCAAGCAGUUCAUGGCCACGCAUUGGGCCUUCGUCCCCCACCUUGCGCACACCGUCUUGGGCGGGCUGGAACAUGGACGCACAGAAGGCCCAAUGAGGAUCGGCGCGGUUUACGUAAAGUACCUUCCAGCCAGAUGGGUGCAACGGUACCUCCUCACGUACACGUCCAAGCCGAUCGGUGAUCCUUCCCCCACCAAGAAGCUGGAGGUUCAGGCCGAGGAAGACGAUCUCGCCAAGCAGAAUGCGGCUCUCAAGUCAUCCGACGGGGACAUGGUCGGCAAGCUCAUCAUCCGGCGCACGUUUGACAAGUCCAAGGAUGCUUUGACUUUCAUGGGCCAGCCCGUCAACUCGCUCACCGCCACCGUCGACCCGCCCAAGGCCGACCAACAAACGAUGGCUGGUCGCGCCGCCCAGGCCUACCGCCAACUCGCUAGCGCCCCGACUACGACUUCCACCGAUCACUACCACUGCGUUCUCAAGGGCGAAGUGCUCUACAUCUAUGACAACGACACAGACGACAAGGAGUGCCUCGCGGCAAUUCCGAUGAACAAGUACAACGUCGAGAUUGAGGACAAAAAGGGCAAGUUUGACGGCAUGGAAGGUAAAUUCUUCACGAAGAGGCACUCAAUCGUGCUUCGUUAUGCCGAUACCAAGCGCAAGGGUCUUCCCGUUCUCGCCAAGGGCAUGAGCAGCGAGAGCAACACCCAGACCAAGGAAGCGGAGAAGGCUCCCAUGGAGGAUUGGUACUUUUCGCUGCUCAACGUCGCCGCCAACAAGGCUCGCCAUGAUCGCGUAUUUUCGCUUUCGCACAUGAAGUGGCUCUGCGAACGUGUUCAGUCACAGCCCGACCCGAGCGGUCUGCAGUGGCUGAAUGCAAUGCUCGGCCGCAUCUUCCUCGGAGUGAAUCACACCGCAAAGGUUGAACAGAAGCUGUCGCUCAUCAACCCACCCAUCGUUGGCCCUCUGCGCGCCACCGAGGUCAACAUUGGAAACAUCCCGCCUAUCCUGUCGAAUGCGAUGCUGAAGGAGAUGAAGCCCAACGGCGAAAUAAUAUUCGAAGCUCGCAUCGACUACCAGCUGCCUGCCGAUCUGGACAGCUCGUGCGGCCGCGCCACGAUUGAGGCGACCAAGCUCGGCUUCAACGCUAUUGUUGCCGCCCGUAUGCGAGGUCUGAGUGGAAAUAUCCGCAUCGUGAUUAAGGGUCCGCCGAGUGAUCGCAUCUGGUGGUGCUUCACGGAGCAGCCCAAGAUGGAUCUUGACAUCGAGCCCGUCGUUGGUCCUAGGGCGAUCAAGUGGGGAACGCUUCUCAGCUUCAUUCAAAAGAAGAUGCGCGAGGGAAUGGCCGAGGCGAUCGUCGCGCCUAACAUGGACGACGUGCCCUUCUUCCACACCGACGGCCUCGAUGUCCGUGGCGGAAUCUUCAACGUCGCGUCUCGUGCUUCCGCCAAGGCAAAGGAGGAAGAGGAGGAUGAGAAGCCCUCAGAUGAGGAAACCGAGGAAGACACCGACACCCCCUCCACCCUUCGUCAGCGCAAUGGUAAGGCCCCUGUCCGCCAGAACACUGCGAUGCCGACUGCUGGGGAUGACUGGGCUGAGCGUCAUGCAAUGCAACGCUCCGAGACUACUCCGAACCUCACCGCUCGCAAGAGCAAGCCAAAGCCUACCAGGUCGUCUCUCGGCAAGUCUGUGACGCCGUCGCUCCAGAGCUCGACGUCGACUGAAGCAAGCCAUUUCGAGAUCGACAAAGCCGAUAAGCCGCCCCCUUCCGUGCACUCGACAACCGACCGUUCUGACACUCUUUCGACCUCUACUGCCUCUGUGCACAGCACUGAUCCGCCGUCGCCUGUGUCACUUGCGACAAGUGGCUCCACUCGCGACCGCAGCGUCAGCAACGUCAGCAUCGAAUCCGACCCUAGCAAGCUCACGAGUGCUGCUAUCCUGAACGCAGUCCGCGCUCGAGACACCGCUACCAUCGAGGCUCAAGUCAGCGUGGCGAAGCAGAGCGUGAAGAAGUGGGGAGUCAACCUCAUGAAGAAGCGCAAUAAGAAGCACGGUCAUGAGGAUGGCGAUGAGAUGAGCUCCCUGCACUCGACUCCCUCUGUGGCCGAGAUCCACGCCCCCGCCCCCCGCCACGAUGGUCGCUCGCUGCAGGAACGUUUGAACGCUGCGGCUGCGAACGCUCGUGACCACCAACGUACACCCUCCGCCGCAAGCACUCUUUCUAAGUCAUUUGAGAAGGAUUCAUCGCCUCAUCACUCGUCGACGCCGCCGUCCACGAUCGUGGCAGACGCUCCCACACCGUCCCCGGAAACGUCGACCCCCGCUGAGGUCGGAUCGAUUGCCUCUCCGGUUCCUUCUGUCAAGUCUCAGCCCGCUUUGGAGGUGCCCAGCCGCAAGGACACUCCUAGCAGCGACACCAAGUCUGUGGCAUCGUCCGCCUCGGCGAAGACGCAGCCGGCCCUGGAUGUGCCGGACUCUGAAGCCACCCACUCGAUUACGCCGCCCUCUCCUGGGCCGCACAGGAUUCAGCGCCACGAUUCUGACCCGCUGAAUGCUUCCUCCCAUCACGACGCGGCAUCCGACUCGGAGCGUGUGAGCAAGCCUUCCGCCCCGAAGAAGCCGAGCAGCGGGGAGCACGACCUGGCCCACAUGUUCAAGAGUGCCGGCGACUCGAUUGGGGAGACGGAGUAA